GCCUCUCUGCUCCUCCUCUCCACGCUUCAGACCUGCAGCCGCUCCAGGACUUCCAGGACCGGACACUUUGUCCACAAACAGCCGCUGAAAGAACCAGCCCUGAACCGACACUCUGUCCUCUCUAAACUCCAGAGUUUCCCCUCUUCAUCCCCGGCUUUUGUGCAGAUUAUCCGUGGGCUCUCAGGGGGGAUUAACAGCGUGGACUCACAGAGGAGGGAUGGAGAGGAGGUCCCGUUAAAGUUGGAAACACCAGAGCCCACAGACGGACUAGUGCGGCGGCGGAGCACAGCAGAGCACAGCGGCUCCUCCCGGGGGUCACACCGAGCUGACACACAGCCUCGACCCGCAUCUGACAUCAUGGGCUGCGGCUUGAGAAAACUGGAAGACCCGGAGGACAGCAGCCCCGGGAAGAUCUACUCCACUCUGAAGAGACCUCAAGUGGAGACCAAAACGGACACUGUGUAUGAGUAUGUGCUGCUGGACUUCAGUUUAGAAGGGAGUCGUCCUACAGUCCAGUAUUUGGCGUCACUUUCCGAGCUGCCCCAGGCCCUGCAGCCCUACUACACACAAGGCUACGUCCUGGCCGCCCUGCAUCCCAUCAUCCUCUCUGUGGGCCGAACCCGCUCGCUGCCCUUCAGCCUGCUCUACCGCGCCAUCCUGGCCCGUCCCAGACCCAGUAAGCAGACAGCGUCCAUGUGUCACAGUGUCCCAGCGCUGAAGGUGGAGGAGUGGCCUUUACCUGGUGACUCUCUGACAGGUGACACGGUCAGAGCGCUCAUCGACAGGGUGAACAGCAGUGCCCGAGGGGGUGUUCGAUUCGUCGGCUCCGUCCUCCAGCAGGUGAGCGGGAUCAGCAAUGGGCGGGUGCACAGUCCAAAGAGGGGCUGCCGCUCCCCUCCACGCAGCCCUCCUCGCACCCCACCUGGAGAUCGAGAGUUGGAGGAAAACACCUACAGCCCCGACUUGAGGUUGCUGGUCUUCUUCCAUUCCUGGGCUCCAGGUUGUGCUCCUCUGGACUCGCUGGCCUGUCAGUACCACCAGGGGGCGCUUUCCAUGCGUGUUUCCAGGAAGGGUCAGGUGGUCAGCGCCCUAGAAGCUGAUUGGCUGGAGCUGACCGCCGCCUACUACCGCAAAGGCUGGUCAUUGGUGGACUCAUUCGUCUACUGGGACACGCCUAAAGGUGAGCCGGUUCCCAGAUCGCUGGAGGGAUUGUUUGUGUAUGAAGAGAGAAGUACCGCUCCUCCUGCCAACGACACCAUCGUGGUGGAGCAGUGGACGGUCAUUGAGGGCUCAAACGUGAAAACCGACUACGGGCCCCUCCUUCACACUCUGGCUGAGUUCGGAUGGCUGCUGACAUGUGUGCUCCCCACGCCGAUCAUCCGACAUGACAGUGACGGGAACUUGGCCACAAAGCAGGUAGUGUUUCUGCAGAGGCCUGUGAGAUGUCAGACAGCAGCACAACAAAGGAACCAGUCCAUGUCGGUGCACAGUGACGUGUCCAGCCACUCCGUAAGCCGUGCAGUAACCAGCCCCGUCCCCCCAGAGGAGCUCUCUCCCACAGCCGGAGGCAUCGGAGGCUUCCCUGUGUUUGGAGGGGGGUACCCCAGCGCCCUCUCCCACCUGGAGGAGGGCGGCUUCGAGCAGGAGGAGGGCAAAGCCGAGGUCACCUGUAUGUGAGCUUUGUUCCCGGACCGGUGUUCAGGAUUUUACAGGACUGGAGGGAAAAGGAUGUGGACUCGGGGCGGUGCACCUUUUCCUGCUGUUCAUUCGCCAUCAUGUUUCUGACCCCUCCCUUUAACAGAGACUUUGAUGUAGAGGAACUCUGCACUUUUUUCAUGUUUUAAUGAAGCCAUAAUGAAGAUGAGGUAUUAAGAAGUGGAUGUGUCCAAACUUUUCUACACGUUUGUUUAGUGCAAAAAAAAAAAAAACCUUAACACAUAUUUAAAUCAAUUCUUAGAUGAUUAUUUCCAACCUCGGAUCAGUUCAGGUGCUCAUGGGAAGAUGUUACAGUACUAUAAAGUGCAGUCGCUUGCACAGAUUUCUGCACAUUUUGGAAGCAACACUGGUGAUAAACAAGGGGAAAUGGACUGUGCUUCUGUUUUUAACCUGGUUUAAAUUUUGAUGUGUUCGUUCACUGAUUAAUACAUUGUUUAUCAGUGGAAAAACUCCCCACAGACAACUUGUUGCUACACCUUCUUCUUGUGUUUACCUUCAAGGUGACACAGGCCCGACACAGCUCCUCUCUUUGCCUGUAAACUGAGGCAGGAUGGGAAUAUUUAUUAGUGAGACUGCCACCAUUUCCUGUGUACUUUGGUACUGUAGUGACAAAAGCAGGCUCUGCUACAUUUGAACUCAUCUAGCCUGAGUGACGAUGAACAAAAGGUGGAUUUAUGGUUAUGAUGAAAGUCAGCAAAGUGAUUUAAGUAUCUUUUAAGAGCAAUAGCAGAGGUUACAUUUAACAUCCAUUGAUUUAUUUUGAUUAUAUGAAACCAAAUUCAUCCCAAGGACAGCAGCCCCUCACCCUGCCAAUGUUUGGCCUGACAUUUGUAAUCUUUCUGGAACUGGUCAUGGUUUUCUGUGCACACUGGAAGGUAUUUCAUCUUAGUGGUGUUGGUGUUAAUGUCUUUCUCCUGUCAUAAGUGCAUAUAGCUGCUUGUUUUCUAGCUUAAUACAUGGUACUGGUGAUCUAUCCGACACUUGCAUUGUAUUAGAGGAAAGUUCUUCAGACAAACCCGACGUUAAACCCAGUAUUUGUAACGCUAAGGAGGGGAAACAGUGUUUUGCUUUUGUUUUUAAACAGAGGACAUAAUGUUGUUGUAUAUAUUGGAAAUGUUGGUAUUCUACCUGGCAAACCUGGGUUUUAAGUUUGGUUUGAUGCGAGAUGGGGAAUUAAAUGCAGCUUAAGUACAUUUAGACGAUCCAGACACAUGUUAAAUGGAUGUUUUUAGCUCCAUAGAAUCCCCCUGAUCGUUUAUUUUACAUCAGUAUUAAUACCCCCUUUUUGAGAGUUGUACAUUUACCUCCCUUAUCAUUGGUGUUUUUUUUUUUUUUAUAAUUGUAUUAAAACACUUAAGGUUACGUGUGUGUUUCCUUCCUGUGUAUUUCCUGCAGUAUUCACUAAUAAUUCCCACAAAGGCUCUGGGUAUCAUCUUAUAAAAGGCCCUAAUUGCUAUUAAAUGUCUUGCAUCAAUCUUUUAAACAUUU